AUGAAGCGAGUGAUGGAGAAUAAAGAGGACAUAGUUAGGGUGAAAGAAGAACUCAAUGAUACUUGGGUGGUUGCAGACAAUGAUUAUAAUUUCGAUUUGGUGAACUCUUGCGAAGCCCAAAAUGUUGCAAUGCUCACGUUUAAUAAAUUACAAGGAAAUCAUAUAAAUGCGGUUAUUGGGUCAAAGAAAGAAUUAAACGAAAAAAUAUUCAUAGAUUUCGAGUGCAAAUAUGUUAAAUCUGAAUUACCGUCACUAUCGACGACUAUCUGCAAAAUUGAGCAUCAAAAUUAUCCACCAGUUGACAAAUUAGAAAACCAAAUUCAGACCAAUAACUUAAUCGAUAAAGUACAUGAUCGUAGCAAACCCUUCGAAUGUGAUAUUUAUCACAAAUCACAUGAAAGGAAAAGUAUCCUAAAGAAACACGUAGAGACAGUCCAUUAUCGUAGCAAACCUUACGACUGUGAUAUUUGUCACAAAUCGUUUGAUCUAAAACCUCAUCUCAAAUUUCACAUAAUGACCGUACACGAUCGUAACAAACCCUUCAAGUUUGACAUUUGCCACAAAUCAUUUGGACUAAAAGGUGACCUCAAACUUCACGUCAAUGAAGUACAUGAUCGGAGUAAACCCUUUGGAUGUGAUAUUUGUCACAAAUCAUUUGGAAGGAAAAGUAUCCUAGAGAAACACAUAGAGACAGUCCAUUAUCGUAGCAAACCUUACGACUGUGAUAUUUGUCAUAAAUCAUUUGGACAGAAUUGUAAUCUUUUUAUUCACAUGAUGACGGUACACGAUAACAGGAAAUUCUUCGAGUGUGCCAUUUGCCACAAAUCAUUUGGACUACAAGGAAACCUCAAUAAACACACGAAUUCAGUACAUGAUCGCAGUAAACCCUUUGGAUGUGAUAUUUGUCGCAAAUCAUUUGGAUUGAAAGAACACCUGAAAAAGCACAUAAUGAUGAAAUGUGGUGCAUAA